CCCCCCCCCUUCCCCCUCUGUCUCCCUCCCCCUUUCUUUUACUACAGGCCAAGUCUUUGUACAUCGAUUGAAAUUCGCUAUAUUCUCUUCACUAUUCUCCUCAUACAUCACCGCGGGGAAGGUCAUUUUGAAGGUCGCGUGCCCAUCUGCGCUUGGCCGUUCUUUUCCUCUUUCUUUUCUUUCUGCCAAUCUGCUGGCCAGAUCAAUAUAGCUUUAUCUCCAAUUCCUUUUAGCUUCUCUACCAAUCGUCUAAUUCUAUCGCCUACUAUACUCGGCCACCAUGAACGUCAACAGAAAGUUUGAUCGCUUCAAGCAAUGGGCGGGAGAGAGGAUGGGUGGUGAGGUCAAAACCAAUCUCUCGGAUGAUUUCAAAGCCAUGGAGACAGAAAUGGGCGUGCGGAACGAGGGUCUUGAUCGCCUUCAUAAGUCCAUGAUUGCCUACGUCAAAGCCGUCUCGAAGCGCAGCGAAGGCGAUGACAAAGAGAAGACAUUGCCCGUCGGUCAUUUGGGCACUAGCAUGGUCAGCCAUGGCGAGGACUAUGACGCCAAUUCCGAGUACGGCCGUUGCCUGACAAAGUUCGGACGGACAGAGGAGCGCAUUGCUCGCCUCCAGGAGUCGUAUAUCGCAGAGGCGAACUCAAGCUGGCUUGAGUCCCUGGACCGGUCCUUGGCGCAGAUGAAGCAGUACCAGAAUGCCCGCAGGAAACUCGACAGCCGGCGGUUGGCUUUUGACACUUCACUGUCCAAAAUGCAGAAGGCAAAGAAGGAGGAUUUUCGCGCAGAGGAAGAACUUCGAACCCAAAAGGCUAAAUAUGAGGAGGCCAACGAUGAUGUAUACCGGCGGAUGCAGGACAUCAAAGAAAGUGAAGUAGAGAGUAUUGCAGAUUUGGAAACAUUUUUGGAAGCGCAAUUGAACUACCACGAGAAGUGCAGAGAAGUGCUUCUCCAACUCAAGAAUGAUUGGCCUGGCCGGCAAUCUCAGAUACAAAGCUCGAGUGGCCGGCGCCCUGGCCGUGCCCGUGCUAGCACAGCCCAUUCGUAUCAGGAGCGCUACGAACCCCUGCAUGAGGAACUUAGUAACUCAGCAGAUCUGCGCCCCAUUAUUCGGUCAAACAGGUCUCCGUCCGAUGUGGAGGACCCGAGAGAAGUCUAUGCCCCAGAGCCUGUACCGCAGAGACCUUUCCUCAAUAGGACUUCAACGUUCGAAAGUCCAGCACAAUUACGACAGGAACAAGCAUACAGCCCAGGUCCUCGACCAUAUAGAGUGCCUAGCGAGAAUUUUAUUACCGGCAGGAACAGUGUUCUGACUCGGAUGGCCGCCGAUCCGUCUGAGGACACCAGCUCGCGAUCUGGCACUAGCCCCGAUAGAAUGUACCAGGGACGGUCUGAUUCCCCGGUAUCAUCAUUCGGGGGUGUCACGAGAAGAAGCAGUUCGACUACAUUGAACGGGGCUGCGGUACAGAAAAAGGCACCUCCACCCCCUCCACCUUCGCGCGCGAAGAAGCCGCCACCGCCGCCACCGCCUAUGAAAAAGCCUAUACUCAGUGCUGGCGAGGCAUAGGCUCGCCUUACCAUUAAUCAUCCCUAGGAUUUCUGGGGGUUUGUGGUGGAUAGAUCAAAAUGGGGUGUCAUGGCAUUUUUUUUCAUCUUGCGAGGCUUUUGAGAUCAUAGCUACUAUCUGCUUGCCUGCGGUGAGUGGCAGUAGAUGAUCAGUUUACUAUUGAUGAUAGUCAUUGGCGUGUAGUAGUAUGCGGCAGCAUUUGUAUUUGUAAUCGUGCAGAGAUGCUCUCAAUAUGGUUUUGUUUAUAUUCAGAAUGAACCAUGUUCUCCACUGAUGCAUAAAUAUCUUCUGCGUAUAUAUAAAUUCAUCUCGUCGACGUGUCGAAGUUCUAGUAUACAGAUAUGAGCAGGUAACGAUUUGAUGUAAUGGGGGGGUUGAGUCUAUGUGGGAUCUGAUGGAAUUAAGAAGGGUGUUAUAAAUAUAUCUCUGUUGGUCUCGAUAUCCAUUCACCUCCAAAGACCC